CCUGCUACGUUUAUAUUAAAGGCCAGUAAUUGAUGCCCACCCAAAAAUUUAGAAUUGCUAUAUUAGCUCACUGGAGGGAAUGGCGAAUGCCAUUUAAAAAAGCCACAGGCAUGCCAUGCAGUGAAUCAGUGUUGUUCAUGGUGCAUGUCUUAGUUCGAUAUUUGUAAAUAAAUGAUCUUGCCAUCAAAAGCCUUUCUCGGUCUUCUCUUCAAGUAUGAGGUGUCGGAAAAGCAAAAAUAUUAGCAUCAAAGUCACUGUUCUGCUUGACAUGUUUCUUUUCACAAAAAGCUUGUUUUUUUUUUUGGUCAGCAACCUAUGUUCUACUGCUGAUUACUAAAGAAUAGAAAAAGCAAGAAAAAAAAAUUCUGGUGAAAGAAGAGUCUUCUCUCUUUUAGCAGGCUCGGUGCUUAUAUUUGAAAACAAAUAUCCAAAACAGUUGUAAUAUCAUUCAAACUCAUGUUACAACCCUAACUCUUCAAAAUGUCUUACAGAUCAUUGGAUUGUAAGUACGCUUUUACAUGCACAUGCGGCAAAGACUCUCCGUCACUGACUCACAACCCAGGCGAAAUUUUGCUCCUCCCUGACAAACAAAGAAUGUCUCUCAGCUGAGAUGUAUCUCUUCAACAUACUUUCUUGACGGCGUUCGUAGGGCAUUUCACAAAAACAUGAAUACUUGCGUUAUUAAGUGCAAACCUGGGGUUAAGUUGCACAGACAACACACAAAUAGGUGAAUUUGUGAAUAACGAACUGCAAAUAAAUUGGGUUUACGGCAUAUGAAAAUAUUCCAACACAACCAUAGUUGAUAAAUCCCAUUUGAUCAGUGUCUGUUUGUUUUGCAGUGUUGUCUUUACUACACAUUACAAUGUUAUUGCAUUUAAAUUUGCAUUAGAAUAUUGUAUUUUGGUUAUUGCUGUAUUUUAUUGUAUGAGCUGUCAUAACAAGUCAAAUACUAACAUUUUCGUUCCUGGCAUUCUUUGCAAAAAGGACCAUUCAUUGUGUUCUCUUUGCUACAUUCACUGUCUCUCGAGCAGUCUUUAAGACCGCCGCAAGAUGGCGGCAGUGUGCUUCAUGGAGGCUGGUCGUAAUGAAUUUCUAGUGUGUGUGUGUGUUUUAAGAAGACCUGAUGAUUAAUAGCCCCUUAUAAAUAUGGAACAAGUACGUUUUGUUUUUGUUUUACCUGAAAAGCCAUCUGACAAGCGUUUUCCUACUUUGGUGUCUUCCAAGUUCCCCCUCGAGUUUGCUACUAUUUUGUUUGUUGUUAAUUCACUUUGGUCAAUAAAGAUGUUUUAGAAAAACGGUCAACAUGGCGACUGAUUUACGCAUGCGCAGUACGGCUGGUCGUGGCCACUGGUUCCGCUUCAUUUCACGAUUAAUAGCCACAAGUUCGCGCGAGUGAAAUAUUUGACAGUGGAAAAAAAUUGUUGUGACAAUGUUGAAGGAGUUGGUAAGGGAGCGACUAAUUGCGGCCGCCGACGAAAUUUUCGACUUGUUUGAAAGAACGAUAGCGUCUUACGAGGAGCAACUUUGUCGAGCGACAGAGGAGAACGAGAGACAACGUCGACAACUGGAAGCUGUUUGCUCAAAGACUCACAUCGAAGACUCGGAUCUGCAGCCCCCCUACGUUAAAGAGGAAGAGGAGGAUGUUGAUGUCAGCAAAUUGCCACUGACUGUCAUCUCAGUGAAAAGUGAAGAUGACGAAGACGAAGCGCCCGAGUCAUCACAAGUACCUCAACGGAGUCCAAGUGGAGACCACCAUGGAGGACCGCCAGCAGGAGAUAACCUCUUAGCUCCACUGUCACAUAGUGACGACACGGAAGAAUCGUCGAGGAGCGACACGGACUGCGAAGGUGACGACAAAAGCUCAAAAUGCUCUAAAAAGGAGACACAAAAGCGUUUCACCUGCUCGGUUUGUGGCGAAAGGUUCGCUCGAAAGUCAAAUAUGGUGACGCACAUGAGAACGCACACCGGAGAAAAACCUUUUUGUUGUUCAAUUUGUGGCGAAACAUUUGCUCGCAAGGUCUCCUUGGUUGGCCACACUGCCACGCACACGGGAGAAAAACCGUUCACCUGCUCCGUUUGCGGAGAAAGAUUUGCAUAUAAUUACAAUUUGACCAGACACAUGCACACGCACACGGGAGAGAAGCCAUUUCGUUGCUCCGUUUGCAGUAAAAUUUUCAACCAAAGGGCAAACAUGGUCGCACACAUGAGAACGCACACGGGAGAAAAACCUUUCCGUUGUUCAGUUUGUGGCGAUCAGUUUGCUCACCGGGUGUCGUUGAUCGCGCACACGUCGACUCAUACGGGACAAAAACCCUUUCGAUGCUCAAUUUGUGGCGAAAGCUUUUCUUAUAAGUACAGUUUGACCGCACAUAUGCGAAAACAUGAUGGAGAAUAAAUACAAUCCUGCUCAGUUGAGCUGACUUUUUUUUUUUUUUUUAUAAUUACAGUGGUGUCUUGACUUACGAGUUUAGUUCUUUCCAUGACCACGCUCGUAACUUAAAACACUCGUAUCUCAAAUCAUCUUUCCUCACUGAAAUGAAUGAGCCCUUGUGCGCCCUCCGGUGUGCACCUUGGCCACCAGGGGCAGUAUAAUACAGACGGUGACAUAAAGACAGUUAAAGAACAGUUUCACAACUGAGUCAGUAAGCUGCAGUAAUACGAUUUUCUUUUUGCAGGGGAUAAAGAACAUAUGCCCGUGAGUAUUGUAAUAUUGUCUGUCUACAUCAGUGGUUCUCAACCUUCGAUCGAUUUCAAGGGGUUUGGUGAGUCAGUCUCAGGGGUUUGGCGGAGGACAAGUCACAUGCAGUGUACAGUAC